AUGGAUUCACUGCUAAGCACCAUAGAAAACCUAAGCAACAUGUUUCAUAGACCAAUGAACAAGUUUGAAGCUGAUCUCCAUAACAACACAAGCCCCCCAACCAACAUUGCUGGCCUAGCUUUAGUGUGCAGCAUGGACCAACUAGAGGUGCAAGGGCGAAGGAAAAUUCUUCUACUCCAUGGAGUUGAGGAAGAAAAGAAAAAAGACCUUGCACUUAAAGCCCAAAACAUCAUACAGACUUAG